UUUGGCUAAAUGUCAAGCUAGCCUUUGAGCCGCUGUGGUUCGAGGAUAUAAAGUUAAUGCCACCAUUAAUUAAGUUGUUUCUUCUGUCGAGCAUCAGUGAACUGCGAUGACGUCAUUAUCCGGAGAACGCGCGUAGGACCGGCGCUGUUGAGAUCUCGUGUAGUUUGACGUUCCUCUCACGUUAGCGGCGACUCGUCUCCACGAGCCGGAGUCUUGAGAAGCAGCGGAAGGCUGCGAGGACUGUUAGCCGGCUGCCCGAAACAAACCGCGAGCGACACUUGCACCGUCAACGCGGAGAAAGCGACGGCUGUGCGCGGUGUCACGUGCUCCGUCGAGUUACAAGGAGCUCGCGGCGUCACGACGCUGGCUGCGACUCCGCCGAGAAGCGGAUGGAUUUAGCUCACAAAGCUAACAAAACACGAAGCUAGGGACGGGUCUUCUGCUACACUGGAGCUGGCGUCGUCACACCUCCCGUCUCUGAAACCCGGCUGUUGGGCCUGAGAACCAAGAAGAUGUCCGAGGGAGAAAACAAGCAGGCCUCAGAGACUGCCCAGGAAGUGAAGGCAGAGUCCAUUGUUGCUGCACCCACGGGUCAAGCAGUGUCAUCGGUGGCUCCCCCUGUGUCGAUGGUGACAAAGCCGGCAGCUACUGCUGCCACGGAGGACGAGGAAGAGGAGAGUGAGGAUGAGUCGGAGAUUUUGGAGGAAAGCCCGUGUGGACGCUGGCAGAAACGCAGAGAAGAGGUGAAUCAGCGAAACGUCCCGGGGAUCGAUAAUGCUUACUUGGCCAUGGACACUGAGGAAGGAGUUGAGGUGGUGUGGAACGAGGUCAUGUUCUCUGAAAGGAAGAAUUUCAAACUACAGGAGGAAAAAGUCAAAGCCGUUUUUGACAAUCUGAUCCAGCUGGAGCACUUGAACAUUGUGAAGUUCCACAAGUACUGGGCCGACGUCAAAGAGAACAGAGCGAGGGUCAUAUUCAUCACCGAGUACAUGUCCUCGGGAAGUCUCAAACAGUUUUUGAAAAAGACGAAGAAAAACCACAAGGCCAUGAACGAAAAGGCCUGGAAGCGCUGGUGCACACAAAUACUCUCGGCCCUCAGCUACCUGCACUCAUGUGAACCUCCCAUCAUUCAUGGCAACUUAACCUGUGACACCAUCUUCAUCCAGCACAACGGCCUCAUCAAGAUUGGCUCAGUUGCUCCAGACACCAUCAAUAACCAUGUGAAAACCUGCCGGGAAGAACAAAAGAGUCUUCACUUCUUUGCUCCAGAAUAUGGAGCUGUUGCCAACGUUACCACAGCUGUGGAUAUCUAUUCCUUUGGAAUGUGCGCCUUAGAGAUGGCUGUGUUGGAAAUCCAGAGCAAUGGAGAUUCGUCUUACGUGUCCCAAGAAGCCAUAAACAGUGCCAUCCAGUCCCUAGAGGACCCAUUGCAACGGGAAUUUAUCCAGAAGUGUCUGGAGGUAGACUCCAGCAAACGGCCCACAGCGAAGGAGCUGUUGUUUCACCAGGCCUUGUUUGAGGUGCCCUUACUCAAGCUGCUGGCUGCACACUGCAUCGUCAGCCACCAAUAUAUGAUUCCAGAAAAUGCUUUAGAAGAGAAGACAAAGAACAUGGACCUUGCCUUGGUCAUCGUCGAGGUGAAGGACGGAGUAAAGAUGAAGCUCUCCCAGUUUCCUGCACUUGAGCUGGACAAGUUCCUGGAAGAUGUCCGGAAUGGGAUCUAUCCUCUAACGGCGUUUGGCGUACCGAGUCCACACCAACUUCAGCGGGAGGCGGUGAAGUCGCCCAUAGUACCCCCCUCCGUGAAAACCCCGACCCCCGAACCUGCAGAACUCGAGACCAGGAAGGUUCUUCAGAUGCAGUGCAAUAUUGAGCCUGUUGAGGGAAGCAAGCACCAUCUGACCUUGUUGUUGAAACUUGAGGAUAAGUUGAACAGGCACUUAAGCUGUGAUUUGUUACCCAAUGAGAACGUGCAGGAGCUCUCUGGGGAGCUUGUUCAGCUGGGAUUCAUCAGUGAGGGCGAUCAACCACGACUUGCAUCCGUUCUUGAAGAGGCCUUUUCAAAGUUCUACAGCCGGAACGGUUCUCUGAAUCCGGUGACCGUUUCCUCGUAGCGGAGGACUCACUCGGCCUUCGGUCCGCCCUCCUCGUCCUCGACAACGGGACUAUCUUUUUGCUUUGUGAGGACGGAGGAGGAAGCCGAUGGCUGCUGACCCUGCAGCCCGUCGUCUCUUCUGGUGGGGAAAGCUGCCACUGAGUGGCCGUCGCUGUCAACCUUUUUUUCUUUCUUUUUUCUCCCACCCAACACGGCCAUCGGCUUCUCUUUUAAAAGAAGAAAUCCUAGUUGCAACUUAAAGAAAAAUACAGAUGUGUUCACUAUUUUGGCACUUAUUUAUUUCGUAGUGAGGAAAGAGGUAAGCUGCAUUAGACUGGAAGACAGGAUUAUUUUUCUUAAGUCAGUGUUAAAACUGUAUUUUAAACAUUUUUACUUAAGACUGUUCAAUAGUUGUCUGUAUAAAAAUAAUGGUUGUCCCGGCAUACUGAAGUGUAUGUAUUAUAGUGUCGUGCGGUCUUGUCUGGUCCUUUAAACGUUCUCCUCAGCAGCGCCUCUGGAAUGCAUCGAGCUAGUGAUGCCACAGGUGCAACGUCACGUCCCCAUUCUGUAAUUAUACAAAGUAGUCGUGACAUAUGCAGCCGCAACACAAUUUGAAGAGCUGUAGCUGAAGUAUAACUAUUUAUUUGUGUAUUUUUCUUUUUGUCUAAUUCACUUCCAGCACUAAGGUCGGUGGUUGUUUAAAUGUAUGCUUUUUAUUUGCUUUCUUUCUUUUUAAAUCACUAUUUUGCUCCGAAUGGAGGGCGUCAUCACGUGACCGCUCCAAACUGCUGUAGCUUCUGUUUUCCCAGCGGCCCUUGCAGCGCACAUGGAGUCGGACGAGAAUAAUAAAAAGUUGUCUUUCGGGGACGUUUCACACGGCAGAGGUCGGUUGGAUUGAUGUGGCGAUGGUUUCAUCUGUUUUCAGGACGGUCAGUAAAUGCAUGUCUGCUUUUCUGUGUCUAAAUAGAAAACUGAUGCACGCAACGAGCUUACUUCUCGAGUCGAUCUUUAUCAUCUUAACAGCAAUGAUGAAAGAGUUGCGUAAUAAUCAUGCAGAGGAGGGUUUGUCGGCUCUGGUCUGUCAACAUUUAGAUUGUGUGACUCCGACUCAUUUGUUUUCUGAAGUAUUCUGGGUGACACCAGAGCUGAAAUAUUGCUCCUGCCAUAUUGGGAACUCUGUUUGCACUGCUGUACACUUUUAUAUCCUGUGGCCUCUGGCAUCUCCACGUCGACACUUUGGAAGUGGCAUCAGUCACGAUGCCAGUGAUGGAGGGAACAACUCUUUGCUGUGACCCUCCUGCUGGUCUGGAGAUCCGAGUGUGGAACUGCCUGACAUGCUUAACCAUCGUGUACACUGUAGGCUGUACUCAGUGCUCUGUUUCUUUUUCACUUCCUGAAAUAAAUAUUUACACUUCA